UUUCAAGGAUAUACUUUGAUUUUUGCACAAGAAAAGAUAAAUUAUUAAUUCUUUAUCCAAAUUUACAAAUACCAUUGGUUGAAAAUGUUGUCAAAUUGGAAAAGGAACAAACUUCAAAACAAGGGAAAGAAUCUUUACAUCAUUUGUGCUUGUUAAUGAGUUUAUUGAAAUCACUCGAAAUUCAAUUCUCGUAUCUUCAUUUUUUAUUUUAUUAGAAUAAUAUAACAAAAGUAAAAGAAAAUCAAUUUCCAGUGCUUAAAGUACUUUUCUAAAAAAAGUUUGUAUAUUCUUGAAUAUUAAAAAAGAAGCAAGAAAAUAAAAAAUAAAAAAAGCUUUUCCGAGAAAUCAAUUGAUGGAUUGUUAUGCGGUUGACUGAGAGAGGCUGAAGACCGGUAUCUCGCCGCCGUGGCCGGAGGAGAAGAAUUAAGCAGUCAUGGAGAAUCGGGAAAUUCUGCGAGAGUGGUUUGAUCGUGUUGACUCGCAGAAAACCGGAAAUAUAACUGCUGCUCAGCUCAAGAGUGCUUUGGCAGUCGGAAACCUUCAAUUCCCUCUAUCAGUUGUUCAGCAAAUGAUCAGGAUGUAUGAUUUCGACAGUAAUGGAACUAUGAGCUUUGAAGAAUUUUUUGAACUUAACAAGUUCCUUCUGAAGGUGCAACAGGCAUAUUCAAGCUUGGAGAGGGGGCGUGGAUUUCUUGUUCCAGAUGAAGCAUACGAGGCUUUGGUGAAAAUUGGUUUUUCUCUCGACUCCCCUGCUUUUUACACUGUUUGUGAGAGCUUUGAUCAAACGAAGAGUGGCAAACUCAGACUUGAUGAUUUCAUAUCCAUUUGUAUAUUUGUACAGUCGACCAGGAACCUGUUUAAUUCGUUUGAUACGAGCAAGCAAGGCAGGGUGACUCUCGAUUUCAACCAAUUCGUUUACUGCAGUAAGUAUUGUAACUCUGUCUUACAUCUUAAUUUUCGUUUCCCUGCUCGUUCCCUCGAAUUGGCUAGAAGAUGAUAUCUUAAUUUGCCUUUCAUGAUCAAAAUCUUGAGCUCCUCUAUAAUGAAAAUUUCAAUACUUCCUUUUGGUUUCUGUCCAGCUUCAAAUUGCAGAAUAUGAUCAUGAAGCCCCCCCACAAUCUUCAUCGUCUGGAUUAUGUGAUGCAAACAUAUUGUUGAAUUAUGUGAUGUAAAGAUAUGGAUGUUUUUAUUUUGUAAGAAACAUAUAAAAGGGUUGGCCACGGGGGAUGUAUUUGCGGUAUGCAUGGUGAUGACGUAUGAGCAGAUCUACAGCAUGGAACUAAAUGGAUCCACAACUAACUAAUUGAUUGUGAAAUAUUGAAUUAUGGAUGAUGAGCUAA